ACAAAAUGUCUGGACGGGGAAAAACCGGAGGAAAGGCUAGAGCUAAGGCCAAGACCCGCUCCUCUCGUGCCGGGCUCCAGUUCCCUGUCGGCCGUGUUCACAGGCUGCUCCGUAAGGGGAACUACGCUCAGCGCGUGGGAGCCGGCGCCCCAGUCUACCUGGCGGCCGUGCUGGAGUACCUGACCGCUGAGAUCCUGGAGCUGGCUGGAAACGCCGCCCGCGACAACAAG